UUGUGGUAAUACUCCGACUUCUAACUCUGCAGAUGGUAGUACAUUGAGUUUUCACAGAUUCCCUAAGAAUCAGUUCUAAAAUUUCCUUAACAUAGUGUAUUUCAAAAUGAUUCCCGAUGAGAAAGAUGGUGCAUCUAGCAGUAGUCGAUCUGAAAACGAUCAAAAGAAACCGAAACGUGGGAUUAUAUACAUUUCUUCUAUACCACCAUAUAUGAAUGUUAGUCAAAUACGUGAAUAUUUUGGAGAGUUUGGUGAAAUUGGAAGGGUGUAUCUGCAACUGCAGGAUAAAGAAAGGAAAGGCGAAAAACCACAAAAAAAGAAGAAGAAAGCAGCUAAGAAGUUUACAGAAGGUUGGAUAGAAUUCGAGAAGAAAUCUAUUGCAAAGCGAGUUGCACAAACUUUAAAUAAUACCCAAGUGAGCAAUAGAAAGAAAUCCAUUCAUUAUGACUACUUAUGGAGUCUCAAAUAUUUGUCAGGUUUUAAAUGGACACAUUUACAUGAAAGAUUGGCUUAUGAAAAAGCUGCUAAGAGACAGAAAUUAAGAGCAGAAAUUCAGUUAGCAAAAAGAAAUGCUGCUUACUUCACUUCGAAUUUGAACAAAAAGAAUAAGGAUGAAAUUAUCAACAAAGAAUAUGAAGAUCUUACAGUUGCCACCAGUGUAAACAAUACAAAUAAAACAUCUGAAUCAGAUGAUAGAAAAGAAUUUUUAGGAUCGUUAUUCAGUUGAUAUAUUGAAUAUUAAUUUUUCAACGUUUUUGAUAAAUAUUGUAAAUAAAAGAGACUUAUUAA